GUGUCCUGGUUUGGAGCGGGCGGGGCCUGCAGACCAUAUCGCGUUUGUAAUUCUGAUCGGACCGCGUGUCUGACCCGGAGGUCCGCCCGCCGCUCGGUGACUCCGGACCUGCGCACGUGAGGAUGGACCGCCGCUCGCUUUGUUGUUCCGCUCGUCGUUCUCCGCGGUUCGGUGUGUGAACGUCGCUGCGUCGCUUCCCACAAUGAUGACAAACGCGCAGGAAAUGUCGCCUGACUUCGUGUUGAUGCGCCUGGUUUCCGCUGAGGAGGAUCGUCCGGACGCGGACGGCGGCACCGUGCCCGCGGCCGGACGGGUGUCCGGGAUCGGGAUCGGAAAGGAGGUCCUGGCUCACGGCGGCGCCAAAGCAGGUCUGGACAUCAGCCGCGAUCCCACACCGGGUCUCGAUCCCAGCAGCCGCCUGAGCAACAAAGAGGGUACGACGGUUGCACCUGACGGCGCGCUGCCGGAGGACCGAGCCGCCGCACCGCCGCCGCCGCCGCAGAGCCCCAUGGAGGCCCAGGGCUUUGGGUUCGCUGCCAGCCCCGGCCUCCGGCCUCAGCUGCUCGUCUUCUCCAACAUAAUGCGCAGCGGCGACGUCAUUUUGGAGUUGGAGCGUCGGAACCACGCGAGGGAGCCGCUGGCGUCGGACCAGAGCGCGGGAUCCGGAUGCUCAGCCCCGGCUGGAGACAGCGGCACCCCGCGCGCCGCAUCCGCGCAGCGGGAGAGCCAGCAGGACCAGACCUGGGGCGCGCACCCGCCGCUGACGGUGCCCGCGGACACGCAGGGAGCUGCGGAGCUGUGCCGCCGACACCGACUCAUCACGACCCCUCCCGAGUGGCCCUUGUUGUCGGAGGGAUCGAACCAUCUCUCCGUGUUCGACUCCAAAUGGGGCUGCGCCGACAUGGACCCGGAGGGGGCCGUGUUUGAGUUGGCACGACGGUUCGGGGAGCUCGGGGUCGGAACGGUUCCCAAGAUGCUGUUCAAACCGGCGGAGCUCCCUCAGUGUUCGUGUCAGGAGGCGCACAGGCCGAGCGGAGGGGGACUGGAACCCGGCGAGGACCCCACGGAGACCAGCGACGCCCUGCUGGUCCUGGAGGGUCUGAGCAGCGGGGAUGUCUCGGGCCUGGGCCUGGACGAGUGUCCGGACGGUGAGGCGGACGAGAGCGCACGACGAGAGUUUCUGCUCCACAGGAAAAGAGAAAUCGUUCAGAAGAUGUCCGGAUUCUCCCUCGGCGGCUUUCAGGCGGAGCUCAGGCGGGUGGAAGCCGUGGCCCCGGAUGUGGUCCCGCACCGGAGCGCACAAGCGGUGUGCAGUUUGCACCGGAAUUUAGCCGGUCAAUUCCUGCAAGUUCGACCAGGAGAAUCUGAGGUUGUGGCCCAGGUGCUGUCAGUGUCAUCGUCACCCACCCCGGACCAGAUCUCACCCCUGAGCAUGAGCCCAAACCCGAGCCAAGCGUCCACGCCCAGGAGACGCCCGGAGCGCUGCGCCAGCGCGCCGCGGACCCCCACAGGUGGGGACAAGACUCUCAAAGUUCCAGGAAAGUCUAAAAAGGGUUCCCUAAAGAUCCGACUGAGCAAACUGCUCCGGACUAAAAGCUGCAGCGGCUCCAGUCACCUCCUGGACAAAAGACCCUCAGUGACGGACUCCGUGUCCUCAGCGGGGAGUCUGGUGGACAUGACGAGCACUUCCGGUCCUGAGCAGGAAACGGACACCCACAGCGUGCCGCUCAGCCUGAGCCGAGCUCACAGUGCCUUCUCUGCCGCCCCCCUCUCUGCUUUCACAGGUGAGACUGUGUCCCUGCUGGACGUGGACAUUUCUCAACGAGGCACCAACACACCACAUCCUCCCACACCUCCCCCUCCUCCACGCCGAAGCCUCAGUCUGUUAGAUGACAUAGCCGGGCCGCAGCCUGGGCCUUUCCUGGUCAGUGUUAUGGGCGCGUCCCUGCAGUCCCUCCCCCUGCCUCUCCCCCCUCCUCCCCCUCCGUCCCACGCCACCAUCCAGCACAGUCUCAGCCUCAAUGAUGCCUUCCUCCGGGCGCUGCCUCAGUCCCACCCCUCAAUGGCUGAUGCUCCACAACCUGUCAGACGGGCCCCACCCCCCGUGUUGUGCGCCCUGCGAAGGUCCGAGGCCAGCAACUUCACCGCCAGUCUGAGAGAGCUGGAGAAGUGCGGCUGGUACUGGGGGCCGAUGACCUGGGAGGACGCAGAGAUGAAGCUGAAGGGGAAACCGGACGGGUCCUUUCUGGUCCGAGACAGUUCGGACCCACGAUACAUCCUCAGCCUCAGCUUCAGGUCACAGGGGGUCACACACCACACACGCAUGGAGCAUUACCGCGGGACGUUCAGUUUGUGGUGUCACCCGAAGUUUGAGGACCGCUGUCACUCUGUGGUGGAGUUUAUCGAGCGAGCCAUCAUGCACUCCAAAAACGGCAAAUUCCUCUACUUCCUGCGCUCUCGAGUACCAGGGCUUCCUCCGACCCCAGUCCAGCUUCUGCAUCCCGUAUCUCGUUUCAGCAAUGUGAAGUCUCUGCAGCAUCUCUGCCGUUUCUGCAUCCGACAAAUCGUCCGCAUCGACCACAUCCAGGAGCUUCCACUGCCCAGACCGCUGAUCUCGUACCUGAGUAAGUUUUAUUACUACGACCCAGAGGAGGAGAUGUAUGUGUCAAUCAAGAGUGUCCGAGCUGUGGUCAUCGAGCAGGAGGCGGAGUCAGAAACGUAGCAGCUGGGACGGUCUCCGCUGAAGUUUCUGAAUGGAAGACUGACCUCUGCUGGUCUGCCAGUCUUCCAGCAUCAGCCAAUCAGAGUCCCUGAAAAUCUCUGCACCCAGGCGGGAUGGCCCCGCCCCUCUGUCGAUGUGAAAUAGUGAUGGGACGGAGAGCGUUUUGCAGGUGCACGCUGGGAAAGCUGUCGACAAAAAGGUACAGAUGCAGAGGACUCUGCCUCCUUUGAGGAGAGACUGCAGAGAUCUUCUCGUCUGCAGACACGUUACCUGGACAACGAGGAGCGUGUGAACAGGACGCUUCCUCCAACUGCUGACACGGACCUUCAGAACCAGUGCACUGGUCAAAUUGAUACAACUGUGGUUUCCUUCCUUUUCCUUUUAAUUCAGUCAAAAUGGACUGAAAGAGGCGCUCGGGACAGACAUACACACGGGACACGCUGCUGAGGACAUCACAGGCAUCAAAAAAUGUGCACAGCUCCAAAAAACAUCAUACAGGAUCCAGAUCGAGCGAAUCAUCCCUCCCUCGUGGUCCCGACACAUUUUAGAUUUUUGACCUUGACCUUCAGCUUGAGCUCUGAAAAUGACAAAAUUUACAUUUCUUCAAAAAAAAAAUUUUUUUUUUAAAUGGGGAAAAUGGCAGCUGUUAUUCUCAGAAUAAUUCUGUAAAAAUAUGUCAGUUCUUUUACAGAAAAUACUGUAAAUUUUACCGUAUAAAAUGGGUGUAAUUUAAAUAAAAUUACUACAAGGAGAAAUAGAGUAAAUAUAUGUUAAUAUGCCUCCCAAGUAAAAUAGCCCUGGCUGAAGGCAGCCUGAGUCCCGUUAACCUUCAACAGCUGGAGAUGUGUUCGAAAAACCAGAUCAACAUGUGGAUUCCACGUCAAACCUCCUGUGGCGAUCCUGAGCAAAAUGGGAGCAGCACAA